CGUUACUUUCGAGCGGGUUAGUCGCGUUAAGAGAGAGUUAUUUAAGGACUUAAUUAAGUGCUUCGUUUUUUUUUUUUGUUUUUAAUAGAUAACUGCGAAGCAGGAUUGAGGUGCAGUAAAGUUAUACACGAAAAAGAGAGAGAGAGAGAGAAAAAAUGGAGACGUUUUACGUGGUGCCACGUGCGGUCACUCACCAGCUGUGGCGGGUACCGAACGAACGAACGCACCGGUGGUACCCGAUCGGCCGGUCUUCUUCCACUUUCCAGUAGGUACCACGGUCGGGUACAACGCGGUGCUGAAGACCCCUUGAACUGAACAUUAUCAUCAUCGACGGCGACUUUGGGCUGCGUUUACACCUCGCAUAUAUUGUGCUCUCUCGCUCGCUCUCGUUCGUUUUUCGGUUCAUUGUUAUCGCGAAGGUAUACAUAUAUUUUAUAGUAGUAGCGAACAACUGUUUUGGACUGAUUUCUGAUUUUCAGUUUCUGAAAGCUCUCCGGGUGUUUGUAGGGGACGAUCGUGUAUCCGAGUGCGCUUUAAAGUGAAUUAAACAAUUUUCUAUAUUUAAAAAAAAAAGUGUUUUUUUUUUAAAUUGAUAUUAUAUAAGUUAUUAAAGAUUACGCAGGUGAUAGUGGUUUAACAGGAUUACCUCCUCUAUGAUGAUGAAAGAUUGCCAACGGUGCUGCAUGAUUUUUAAAUCUACCCAACAAGAGCAAAUUGAAAGCAUGAAGACCCCCCAACCGACCCCCCCGACGGACCCGAUGGACGACGACUGUGACGACAUCUUCGGUCCGCCCCGCUCCUACCCUGUGGCCUACCAAGCGAGAAAUCGACCCUCGAUGAUCUCCGCCAAGUACAAACAAAAAGAGGAGCGUCGCAAAAUCCUGAAAAUCAGCAUGAACAAACUGAAAAAAAUCGAAGAUCCCGAGGGAAACUUGUGCCGCUCGGUGUUGAUCAACAACACGAUGCAAAAGUUACAACAGGAAACCAGGGAGGAAAAAUGGCAAAAGCAACAGUUCAACUAUCCGAGGUGCUACGGCAACAACAGCUACCUCAGCAUCAAUCCGGAAAUCUUAAGGAACGAUAAAGCGAUCGACGAAGUCGUCGCUAAUUUAGAUAAGGAUGUGAAGAUCGAUGCCGGCUUCCAGAAGAGGCUGGAAGAGGAAAUCUACAGCGCUGCCUUGGGGGAUGAAUACGACUCGCCCCCCAGUGCAAGGAGCCCAGAAGAAACCCCUAACCAAUCAAACAAACGAUCGUACGAAGACACCUUGGACGAUUGUGACGUGCACGACGUACUUUCCCAGUUUUAUAUGCCUCCCACGCCAAGAAUGCUUACGGGCAUCGACGAGGAUGAUGACGGUAACGUGGUGAACGAUCCGCUGGUUAAAAGACUGAAACUUGAAGAGGAACAGAAGAAAAUCACUUCAGCCUCGUUGGCCGAAUACACGAGCAACGUGACGAACUUCAUUUAUAACAACAACAACAACAACACUUGUAGAUUUAGUGGUGGUGCACGUGCAAUGGACAGUGACAGUUCUACGGCCAGUUCGUAUUCUUCUUGUGGACAAGCCUCCAUGUUCGGGGAGAUUCAGACGAGCGUUUAUCACAGUUUAAUCACUUCGUUAGAAACGUAACGUUGCUUGGAGAUGUUUGAUGCUGGUAAGUUUUAGUGAGAUUGAUUGUGGAUAUUUGGGGUAUACCAAUGUGUGGCAAAAAGGCUUGACGAUGUGUCAGUUAAUAAAUUGUUUAGUCGUAAACGUUUUAUGGCAGAAAUAGCGUCUCUUUGACGUCAUUCCCUCACCCCCCAUGUCAAUAUAGGGGUCAAGAUAAAUUAUUCUCUUUUAUCAAUUCGUUUUCAAGAAAUAUGAAUAAACGUGAAUAAAAAAAUUAACGUAAUUUUAAAUGAAAAUGAUAAAAAGUAUCUGACAGUUAUUUUAUGAAAUGUUGAAAAUUAUCUUCGUUGACCCCCAUACAAAUAAACAAUUAUUAUUCAAAACAAAAUAAUUUUUCAGGAUCCGAGAUUUUUUUUUGUCUCGGACACCCUGUAUAUAAGAUGAAGUAUUUCCUUUGAUCUGACCGGCAUAGUCCGGUCGUGUAGGAGUUUUCACGUGUGAGUUGCAUACAUUUAUAAAAAUUAAUAAAAUUUAUAGGCUCUUAAGUAAGCCAUGAAAAUAUACAGGGUGUUUCAUUUCAAAUAAGAGAGAUUUUUAUAUUUAAAGUUGGGCAAGUUUGGCCUUUCAAAAAAAACACCCUGUAUAACAAAAUGAAUAAUUUUACAUAGCACGCAUAUCGAAGUAACUUUAUUUUACUUCUGAUGAUAAAAAUUAAGACUGUAUUCAAAAUUUAGGUGCUAAAUUUUAAUAUUAAAGAGAUGCGUGCAAAUUCUAAAUUUUUAACAAAAUUUGAUUUAUCUCCUAAACUAUUAAUUUUUGGCAUAUUAAACCAUUAUUAAAAAAGAUUGGUAAUUACGCAAAGAAUUCAAAAAUGUUUUGCAAUACAGGGUGUUCCAUUUAAAAAAAUUAACUUUUGUAGUGCCCUGCUUUUUCGGAACACCCUGUAUAGUCCAAAAUAUUUUUAAAAUGUGAAGAAUGCUUAACCAAAUAAUAGUCUAGGAGCACGUCAUCGAUAAAUAAUAUCAUCAAUGCAUAAUACUACUCCGCGCUUUGAAAAACUCACCCUGUACAGUGGAUUUUUUUUUAAAUUUUGGCAUAGGAUUUUCGGUGGCGUUUAAGUGUGAAAUUUUGGUAUUUCUUGAGAAAAAUGCAAAAAUUGCCAUAAAAAAUUUCGACCUACACAUAUUUAGCUUAAAAUGUUUGAAAUUAAGUCAGCUAUCACCCCUUUAAAGGAUUGCAUCUAGCUUCCGGACACCCUGUAUAUUAGGCAGUAGAAGCUAUUUUUCUUUCCUUGAAUGUCUAGAAAAAAUAAAAAAAUUAGACUUCAAACAUAGUUAAAAAACAUUCCUGGAGGAAGUAACAAUAAUCUUAAAUGCCUCGAAGAAAUAAUGUUUUUAGCGAUUUCAGGCACUGAAGGAGGUUAAUUUACACUUAAAACGACUUAAUAAAAAAAUCCUGUAAAAAUUAAAAAAUACCUUAAUUGCCUUAAAAAGGUCAAGAGAAUACUUAGGACAAAAUGCCUGGAAGAAAUUAUGUUUGACCUUAAAUACCUCAAAAAAAUCCUGGAAAAGCUGAAAAUUACCUCAAAAAAGUCAAAAUGUUUCCUAAUUAAAAAAUAAAAAUUAGUGCAUACUCUUGAAAAAAAUUGUUUUUUCAUUAGUAUUAGUAGUAUCGUGAUACUUAAAUAAUACGCAAACAAACACUAAAAAACAUGAAUUACAGUUUUGACAAAUAGUUUGAGCUACUGAAUGCUUAUUACAAACCGGUUUGGAGCACGAUUUACAGGCUUUACGAGUUUUUCUCUGUUUAUGGGUUCGCUCUCGGCAUAUUUGGCAACUACCAACCACCUUUACACGUCCAGAUGCAUCGCGUUCACAAACUGCUUGUUCUCUAACUGGAUUAUCUAAAGAAAUAGGCAUUCGUCGGUGAAGUACUAUUUCUAUAACCUGACGAGUAAAAUGAAUACCAACAACUUUUGGAAAUUGGAAACUUAUUUGGAUACUCGACAAACACAGCUCAUUACCAAGAUCUUCAAAAAUCGCCGACGCUUGGAAAGAAGGAUUAGGUUUCUUGUAUAUACAAUAAGAAGCUAAACUAGCAACGUCACUUAUGUUGAAAAAAAAUGCUAAUGGCCAGCGAUUUGUUCUACGUUUGACAGUAUAUUCACAUAACAUUUGGUCCAUAGUGUCAACACCGUCUUAAGUUUUGCUAUAAUAUCUAUUAAUUUCAGGUUUGCAACAGAAGUAUUAUCUACUUCGCCUGUUGUGUGCAUAUAAGCACAAUGUAGCAUCUUUGUUGAAUGCAAAAAUGGUUGAAUUUAUAGCUCUAUCUUUUUGUGCUUGCAUAUUGAAAGGCAAAAACGUUUUAUUUUUUCUAACUGUUCCUACUAAAGUCAUAUUCCAUGAAUUUAAAGUACGAGCAAGUUGCAAACUUGUAAAAAAAUUGUCUGUUGUGAUAUUUCUUCCUGAUCCCUUAUAAAGUGCAACUAAGUCCAAUACUGUUCUCUCACCAAUAUUUGCCUGACGUUCACUAUCUGGUGGUUUUCCGGUAUAUAGCUGACCCUUUAGAGGAUAGGAAUUUAUCGCAUCACAAGCCCAAAAAACCUUUAUUCCAUAUUUCGCUGGUUUCGAAGGAAUGUACUGGGUAAACUUAGUGUGUCCUCUAUAUGGUUGUUCAUCUACUGUUAUACACUCUGUUGGCCGAUAAUUUUUUGCCAAAUUUGAAUUCAACAUAAUCCAAAUAUCUCGAAUUGGAGCUGCUUUAUCUAUUGCACGUUCUAUACGCGUAUUCUGGUCAUCAAACCGAAUAAAUCUUAGAAACGUUUUGAAGCGAUCACGAGGCAAAGGGAGCGAAUCUAUCUUCCACAUUUCAGAAAUAUGUUCUUUAUUGAACCUAUGUAAACCAGCAGUAAUUAGAAUUCCGAAAAAUGCAUCUAGUUCUACAUCAGUAAAUGGAAUAAAUGUUUUCGGCGCCUUAGUUAUUGCCAAUAACCUUUGGUUAUAUUCCUCCGUAACUCUAUUCCCUUUUUAGAAUCAGGGUACACAUUUCCGGGGAUAUAAUAGUUUUGAAAAUGUCUUUGGUCGUAUAUAAACGACUUAAGGCUGGUGCACCACUUGUUUCACGUAAAAUAUUUCGACUUACCGUUUGUCGUUGUGGUGUAGGUGAGUCAUUCCACUGAGUGCCAUCUUUACUAGUCCAAUGGAAUUGUGAAGCUAAAUCUGGAUGAACGUCAUCGUCAUCAUCAGACUUCGAAUCUUCUAGCUCUACAAAAGGAUCGUUUUUAACAUCAGAAUCCUCGCCCUCUCCAUCUGACCGUUGUGGAAUAUACUCCUCUUCAUCAGAAGCAAUAAAUGGCUCUUCUUCUUCAUCACUUAAGUGUUCUAAGGCUUCUUCUAAUUCCGAAUAGGUCAACCUAUUAUAAUAUUCCUAUUAUUAUUUAAUUUACCUCCUUUUGUACUCUGUAUUAACUUUGACAUUUUACCUAGUAUGUAAAAAUAAUAAAUAUAUUUGUUUUACCUUGUCUUCCGCCAUCUUCCUCUUGCACUAUCGCUUCGAUUAGGACCGGCCUCACUAUCCGACAUUUUAACGUAUAAAAAAUACUUUAGAUUUAACGUAAUUCAAACUCUACUUAAGUAGGUACAACGUGUUACUGACGAAUAUGAACGAAUAUGAUCUUGUGCAAAAACAUAAACAGUUCGAGGCGCCAGAGAUAGGGAAAAACCCACACAGAUGUGCAUGUUUAUAUAGUUAAGGGUAGAAAUUCACAGAAAAAGCCACGGCUCUAUAUAAAAUACAUAGUAGGUACCCGGGUACCCACGCCGUCCUUAGAAGGUGUUUUUUUUCCAGUCACAUAAGCGUUAAAAAUACCAUAAAUACCUCAAAAAAGUCAAAAUAUUGCCUGGUUAAAAAAUAAAAAUUAGUGUAAAGUCCUGAAAAAAAAUUGUUCGGAGUAAAAUCCGGAUAUACUAGGAAUUAACCUUGAAUCCCUGGAAAAACUAAUAUUUUCACCAAUUCCAGCUAGUGAUAAUAAAAUCAAUUAUAACAACAUAUCUGCACAAGCAUUAUUGCCACAUAUUGGAAAAAGUUAAAUAUAUAUAUAUCUGGAAAAAAAUACUAUUAAGCUACUAUCAAUUCUCACUAAAACACCCAAGUCAUUCGACACCUGCGUUAGGGCUUUCAAUUGUUAAUUGUGAUACUAUUGGUUGAUGAUGAUGAUGAUUGCACGUGAAUGAAAUAUGAAUGAAUGUCUCCCAUUUCCAGGGCCAAUUUCGAAUUUAUUUAUUUAUUGUGUCAAAAUGCUGCAAUCGCUAUAUUAUACCACAGAUACAAUGGACUGUCUGGAAGAAUUAUUUUAUUCUUCCAGGCAUUCCUGGUCUGUUAGAAUAGAGCAUUAGGAGAAAACAUUAAGAGCUUCUGAGGUGAACAGAAUGCCUGGAAGGGAAGAUCUAGUAGGUCUAUUGAGAAACAGUCGUCUACUCUUCCAGGCAUUCCGCUCUAUUUGGCAUCUUCUAAAGGAAGAACAGAGCAAUGAAAGAAGAACAAAUACACAAAAGGAUUCCUGAGGGAUUAAGAAAACAUUAAGAGAUCCUGAGGUGUAUAGAAUGCCUGGAAGAGUAGUUCUGUUCUGAUACAGUAGAUCUAUCCAUAGACGGUUGAAUGUCUGAAAGAAUAGAUCCAUUUUUCUAGGCAUUGCAGGUCCGUAUUGUUACUAUAGUCUGUUUUAUUCAUUAUUCCUGAUUUUUAUUAUUGCUUAAAUUAUUGAAAGUACCAUGAUGUAUAAUCUUAUGGUACCGCCUUUGGGGGUUGAUAUUUACCAUUAAAUAGGGCGAAAAAUUCAAGAGAAAUUGUUCAAUAAUUUAGAAUCUCAUCAAUAACGGUGUGACGUCAUAUUCCCUUUUUCUAACAUAGAAAUGACAGACAAAACUUCAAAAGGGUGCCAUCUUGAAAAAAAAAGCUUUAGUUAAAAGGUUGGUCUUGUUUUGCAACGCUUUUAGGUUAUGUUAGUAAUUUUCCUUAAAAAACUAUUAGGUCACGAUCACUCAGUUUCAAAAACAAAAUGACGGUUAGAACUGUCAUUCUUAGAUCAGUGACAGAUGAAAAUGUGAAACUAGCGAAUGGACAAUGUUUUUAAUCAAGUUGACCUCUCAUCUGUCACUUUUCUGUCUUCCAAUUAACCUAAAAGUGCCUCUUACAUCAAAAUGGCUUUUCAACUGUCAAAAACUUAGAGGCGAAAGGGGUCGGGGAGGGAGUGGACCAAAGACCCACCUAACCUCAAUCAAUUAAAUAUGCACUGAUAUAGCAGUUGUGGCAUUUUGUUUACAACGGUCACAUAAUAUAUAUACGGGGUAUCCCAAAAAUCUUGGGAAAUAUGGGCGCUAGAAAAAAUCUUUAAAUACAAAAGUUUUGGGGAAUCAAUCGGUGCAUCUGAUAGUGACCAUAAACUUGACCGUCAAGGUUAUUUGAAGGUCAAAGCGAUUUUUUUACAUGGGAACACCGGAUUCUGAAAGAGCGGAAAAUUUUACGUCCGAGUAUGUAUUGAGGUAUGAGGUUGAAGUAAUCUCAAGAGGUCAAAUAAUAAGGAUUUCUAUUUGCAGAAAUGAGGUCGACCUUUAAAUGACCUUGAAAAUGAGGUUCAACGUCAAAUCCAAGGUCACCGUUGGGUUCCUCGUUAAGACUUACCUAGGGUAUGACCUUUAUUUGUUUUCUUUUACCACUGAACUCGCGAGAUUUUUAAGAAGUCAUUAUUUGACCUCUCAGGAUUACUUCGACCUCAUACCUCAAUACAUACCCGGACGUAAAAUUUUUCGCUCUUUCAGAAUCCGGUGUUCCCAUUUAAAAAAAUCGCUUUGACCUUCAAAUAACCUCGAAGAUCAAAUUUAAGGUCACCAUCAGAUGCACCGAUUGAUUCCCCAAAACUUUUGUAUUUAAUGAUUUUUUCUAGUGCCCAUACUUUUGGGACACCCUGUAUAGUGUUUGCCCAAAUAAUAUUUAACAUCGUCUCGUUGGGUUUAUAUUAUAUUAGUUAAUUAUAAUUAUGUUGUUUGUGUCUUUAAGGUUGUGCUUACGUUUAUUAUGUUUUCUUUAACAUCUUCUGACUCUUUUCUUUGUAUAAAUCAAAGAGAAACAGAAUAUGCGGUCUCAAUCCUACGGUAAACGAGAGGCGCCAUGGCUGUGAUAUAAUUAAUAAAAAUGAAAUGUUACAAACAAACACUAUUCAGACUUCUUUCCAAUAUAUUUAGUGAAUUAUGUUGUAAAUAUCCUUGUCACAGACGUAUUUCUUAGUAGAGAAAUACAUUUGCUUAAUAUAGUAAUUAACGAUUAGACUAUUAGUGUAUAUGUAGAUUUUUUAUUAUUAAUAAUAAUAAUAUAAUAUAGUUAAUUUUUAACUAUGGCUUGUUGUAAUAGUGCACCGCGAUUACGGAAAAAAUGGUACUGAGCGAUACAAUUUUUAUGCGUUUUUGUUCGAUUAUUAUUAUUUAUCACCUAAUUGGAAUUUGUCCAGGAUGGCUCUUGUUAUGUUAAAUGAACGUUCUAAAAAUGUACUGAGAGGAACAUUUGAACGUGGUGGAAUAGGUGUUCUUUAGACCAUCCUAUUUUAUACAACUAAUUGUUCAGGGAAAACAGAUUUUUAAUGUCCCUUUUUGAAAAUUAUUUCUUGGACUUUUAGAGCAUUUAAAUUAAAAUUAACAGUCCUGCUUAUUAAAAUUAAACUAGUCAAAUGAAAUUAUUUAAUCCGAAGAAGCAACUAAACGAACAUAUUUUUUUUAAAUUAAUAUUCCGGUUGUACCAUUAGAAUAUACGCACUAAGUCCGUGCGAUAGUGUAAAUAGAUUUAAUUAAGGUCAACUUAAUACGUACAUUUGUUAAAUAAUAAACGUGUUUAAUAUAUCGGGCAAACCUGGACAUUUUUUUAAUGUUAAAUUUUUUAUUUAAUCGAUAUUAAAAAUUUACUAUUUUUUUAAUGUUAAAUCUAACCCCUUUGGAAGAAAAAUGCUAAAAAUACUUUUCUAAACAUUUAUUUAAAUGUAAAAUACUCUAUGGUUAAGAGCCAGUUGAUUGAAUUUAUUAUACAACAUUAUUAAAAAAGAACAGGUGGGUUUAAUCUGUAUAAGACACAAAAAAUUGUUGUUACUUAUUAAAAAAAAACAAAAUUUGUUUUGUUUGUACUUAUUAUUUAAUUUAAGUCCUAUAUACUAAAUUUCCAUUUUUUUUUGUUCUAUAUACUUUAGGAUAAAUUUAUAUUUUUAAUUAAUAUAUUUUUCUAUGUUUGUUUUUGUUCUUUCGAUUGUUAAUCUUAAGUCUUUUUUUGUCUAUUUUGAAAACGAUUACCAAAAUUUGUCGAAAAAGUAAAACAAUGUUACCGUGCUCAGAUUUAGGGAAAAAUUGUAAUUAUUAUUAUAUUGGUUUAAUUUUUUUUUUAUUUAAGUAAAAAAAUGUGUACAGAAAUGCGUUUUUUAUGUAUCUAUAGUGAAAAAUGCAAUAAAGUACCUGAAAAUGA